AUGUCCCUGCUCGGAAGACACGGUCCUGGUUGUUAUGAAAGCUUACUCGAAAAAUUCAAUGGUAGACAAAGCAAUGGAACUCUUCCAGAAAAUGAGGGAAAUUUUCGGUUGAGUAAAGCCGAGUUGUUCUUUAGGAAUUUUAAGACAAUGGGUGUUGCACCAAAUUUAGAAACCUUUAAUAUUUUGAUGAAAAUUGCUUGUAAGAAGCAGCAGUUUGAUAAGUGCCGUGACUUGAUAAAUUACGUUUGGAGAAGAAAUUUGAGGCCUGACGUUUAUAGUUAUGGAACUUUGAUAAACGGGUUAGCGAAAAGUGGGGGUUUGAACCAGGCUCUGGAGGUGUUUGACGAAAUGCUUGAUAGAGAAGUGAUGCCUGACGUGACUUCCUCUAUGCCCAAGCCGUUGACUUAUGGAUUGCCAUCUUACCCUUCCACAGAUUUCUAUCGCAUCCCUAGAUUCGAACUCUUGACCUUCUCUUAA